AUGUCCUCCUCCUCCUCCGCCGCCGCCGCCGCCGCCACCGCCACCGCCGUCCCCACCACUCCCUCCCCACCAAUCAUUCACAAUUCCCCAACCACCCCUUCCAAUUACCUCGCGAAUCUCGGCCUCGGCUACUCAAUCGCCAUUGCCCUCGGCUUCCUAGUCCUCCUCUCCACCAUCCUCCUCGCCUCCUACAUCUGCUGCCGCGUCUCCCGCAAUCGCAACCCUAAUUCCGACCCGAAUCCGGCAGCCACCCGGACCCAUCAUCGUUCUUCCGAUGGGAUCAUUCUCCCCCGCAUUAUCUUCGUCGCGGAGGACGACGACGACGACGGCGAGGGGGGCCAGGGACGGGACGGGGACAGCGCCGCUGUUGGGCUCGACCAGGCGGUAAUCAACUCGUACCCUAAGUUUCAGUUCUCCAAGGAGGCGGCUGCCGGCGGGAAUAACGGCGGUGACGCCACCUGCUCGAUCUGCCUCUGCGAGUACAAGGAUUUGGAGAUGCUGAGGAUGAUGCCCGAGUGCCGCCACUUCUUCCACUUGUGGUGCAUCGACGCCUGGCUCAAGCUCAACGGAUCUUGCCCCGUCUGCCGGAAUUCCCCUCUCCCGACCCCGCUCUCCACGCCGCUGUCGGAGGUCGUGCCCCUGUCGCAGUACGCCGCAGAUCGGAGGAGGCGGAGGUGA